AUGUGCUGGCUGCUUGCUGCUGGCGGCGCUGGUCACGGCAAGUCGGAGGUGGUGGCGGGCCCGACGGUGCUCAUGCUGCAGCACGAUGGCGCCUCCUCCAUCCACGACACCUUCCACCUCACUGGCAAAGGCAAGAGCUGGAAGCACUUCAACAACACGGGUGUGCUCUACAACUUUGCCGUGACCAACGGCGCCCCGAAACCGCCUGCUGGCAUGUGGCCUGUCAAGGAAUCGGCAAACUGGUCCCUUUACGCCGGGCCAUCUGAUGUCAUCGUCAUCACACACAAGGGCAAAGGCAUUGGCCUGCUGGCGGUGUUUGACCGAAACAACUGCAGCUCAUCGCUCUUGGACGAGCUGAUCAAGGUCAACGGCGGCGAGCUCUCGUCCAAGGACCGCAUCGAGGUACCACACGGGGUCAAGUGCAUGGCGCAGCGCAAGGGCGUGCGCUCCUUCUCGUACGACGUCACCCAGGGCCACGGCGCCUGGGUCAUCACAGAGGUGAACGACCAGCCGACCAACACCGACUUUUCCACGUGGCCAUUGAUCGACAUUGAAGGGCGCUGGUUCCCGCAGCAGCCGGAGCCACACCACCUCAAGGCCCUCUGGGCAGACAACCAGUAGUGUAACAUCCUCACAUGGUGUGCUGCGUCUUUGCAGGGUUCGCUCGUUGGGGUGGGUGCUUCCUUCUUGGGUCUCUGUGUCCCAGUGUUAUCCUUUGUUGUGUUGGUAUUUCAUCAACACACGGCACGUUGCAUCCCCCCCCCUCUCCACCUCCUCUGUCUUCCCAGCGUCAGUAAAAUACCCUUCGAGAACAAUCUCGUGGCGUUGACCGC